UGUUCUCUAUCUUCUCGGGCUCUCUCGCUCACCAAACUCUCUAUGCAGAGAGCGAAAAACCUAGAGCGAGAAACUUGCAGAACCAUCGAGGUCGAUUCGAUUGGCAGUCUCUGAGCUCCGAAUUUGGAUUGCAUCGGAACUUUUCGUCGCGAUGAGUUCGAAUUCGGAGCUGGUGCGAACUCUGGAGUCGUUGCUUGGGGUUCCGGUGACGGACUCCGUGAUUGUGAUCGCCACGACCGCCGUGGCGCUGAUUCUCGGACUUCUGGUCUUGGUUUGGAGGAGAUCGUCGGAUCGGAGCAGAGAGGUGAAGCCGGUGGUGGUGCCGAAGCCACUACUGGUGAAGGACGAAGACAACGAGGUUGAGCUCGCCUCUGGCAAGACCAAGGUCACUGUUUUUUAUGGAACUCAGACUGGUACCGCCGAGGGAUUUGCCAAGGCUUUAGCAGAAGAGAUCAGGGCAAGAUAUGAAAAAGCAGUUGUCAAAGUUGUUGACAUGGAUGAUUAUGCUGUGGAUGAUGAUCAAUAUGAGGAAAAACUAAAGAAAGAGACUCUGGCGUUUUUCAUGGUGGCCACUUAUGGAGAUGGAGAACCUACUGAUAAUGCAGCAAGAUUUUACAAAUGGUUUACUGAGGGAGACAAUAAGGCUAGCUGGCUUCAACAACUCAGAUAUGGCGUUUUUGGUUUGGGUAACCGACAAUAUGAACAUUUCAAUAAGAUUGGGAAGGUGAUUGAUGAGCAACUGAGUGAACAAGGUGCAAAGCGUCUCGUUCCACUUGGCCUAGGUGAUGAUGAUCAGUGCAUUGAGGAUGAUUUUUCUGCUUGGAGAGAAUUGUUGUGGCCUGAGUUGGAUCAAAUACUUCGAGAUGAAGAUGAUACAACUACUGUAUCUACUCCAUAUACAGCUGCAGUCCCCGAGUAUUGGGUUGUUAUUCAUGAUCCUAGUGUUGCCUCUUUUGAGGAUAAUUACUUAAGUAUGCCGAAUGGAAACACUUCUUUUGAUAUUCACCAUCCUUGCAGAGUAAAUGUCGCUGUCCAAAAAGAACUUCACAAGCCCGAGUCUGACAGAUCCUGCAUACAUCUGGAAUUUGAUAUAUCUGCAACUGGUAUAAAAUAUGAAACAGGAGACCAUGUGGGUGUUUAUGCUGAGAAUUGCGAUGAAACCAUUGAAGAGGCUGCAAAAUUGUUGGGUCAACCUUUAGAUCUUCUAUUCUCUAUCCACACUGACAAUGAGGAUGGCUCUCCCCUUGGGAAUUCAUUGCCUCCACCUUUCCCUGGUCCGUGCACACUGCGCAGUGCAUUGGCACGUUAUACUGAUCUGUUAAACCCACCUCGAAAAGCUGCUCUAAUUGCUUUGGCUGCACAUGCUGUUGAGCCGAGUGAAGCAGAAAAACUUAAGUUCUUAUCAUCACCUCAGGGGAAGGAUGAGUACUCAAAAUGGGUUGUUGGAAGUCAAAGAAGUCUUCUUGAGAUUAUGGCUGAGUUCCCGUCAGCAAAGCCUCCACUUGGUGUGUUUUUUGCUGCAGUAGCCCCUCGCUUGCAGCCUCGUUACUACUCAAUCUCAUCUUCACCAAGGUUUGCCCCCCAUCGUGUUCAUGUUACAUGCGCUUUGGUAUAUGGUCCAAGUCCUACUGGAAGAAUUCACAAAGGAGUGUGUUCAACCUGGAUGAAGAAUGCAGUGUCUCUUGAGAAGAGCCAAAAUCCUAGCUGGGCUCCUAUUUUUAUUAGGCAAUCUAAUUUCAAGUUACCAGCUGAUCAUUCAAUCCCAGUUAUCAUGGUGGGACCUGGAACUGGCUUAGCACCUUUCAGAGGAUUUUUACAGGAAAGAAUGGCCCUCAAAGAGGAGGGUGCUCAACUUGGUCCUGCACUUCUAUUCUUUGGAUGUAGAAAUCGCCGAAUGGAUUUUAUUUAUGAGGAUGAGCUAAACAACUUUGUUGAACAAGGUGCAAUGUCAGAAUUGAUUGUUGCGUUCUCACGAGAGGGGCCGGAAAAAGAGUAUGUUCAACAUAAGAUGAUGGAUAAAGCAUCUUGUAUAUGGAGCCUGAUAUCACAAGGGGGAUACUUUUACGUAUGUGGUGAUGCCAAAGGCAUGGCUAGAGAUGUUCAUCGGACUUUGCAUACCAUAGUCCAACAACAGGAAAACGUGGACUCAUCAAAGGCAGAAUCUAUAGUGAAGAAACUCCAGAUGGACGGACGAUAUCUGAGAGAUGUCUGGUGAUAGCUCUGACAUCAUAAUAUUCUAUCUUGUCUUGGUCUUGUGUAGCAUCCUUAAAACACAACAAUGAAUUUCUACACCCUCAAGCUCAGGCUUCGACCGGUAAACUUCUGUCUUGUUGAGAUUAUAGUAGCAGAUUUGGACAACAGUGGUGGAAACAGAAACCUGGUUUCCCUAAAAACAAGUUUAUAUGAUUUAGUAGAUAUUUUUUCUUUCUUAUUUUUCUCCCUUCUGGAUUUUAUCCCCUUUGUUUUUCUCCUGAAAAGGAUUAUUUAAUUUUAGGAAACAGAAUUUUAGCUAGUUACAAGGAUUCAAAAACAUAUUUUAUGCCAAAACGUAGGUUGGUUUUGGAUGGCAUUGUACGAAUAAUUUUAGCAAAUAAUGGUGUAAUAGUAUCUAAGGUUGAGGCCUGCUUAUUGGGGAAA